AUGUCAAAGAGAGAUCAUACGGAUGAUUUCUUUGUAUUUGAGCCGGUUACAUCAGCAGAUUCACCGAAGAUACGACGCGAACUCAUUCAUAACAUAGAGGGCACGAUCCUGAUGUUCUUGCAGAAGCUGAACACCUUUACGGGUGAUGGAACUAUUGGAAAAGGAGGUAAAAGAAGAAGAAGUAGUGUUUUGGUAAGGAAUAUUGUCAUAAAGUGAGUUUUCUGGUUUUUUUUUGCUUUUUAGGUAUUAUACUUGAUGUUUGGUGGGUAACAUUGAUGUAACUAUUGAGGGAGGUCGUCCAUUUGAAUGAGAAUAGUUUUGAAAGUUGAAAAAGAUUAUAAAGAACGCAAAACUAUUUGUUUUUGUUAGCAAUUUUGCGUUUUUCUGUGGUUUUUUUGAUAAAACUAUAUUGUAGUAGGCAUCUGUUGGGAAAUGUUGCUUAUGAAAAUGGUCAUUAGUUUAUUGAAAAAUGGUUUUACUCAUUGUAUAUCAGAUAUGAAAAGAUUUGUAAGGUUAAUUUGCUGUUUUGUGGUUUACUUUAGACGAGUUGCAUCAAUUUAUGUUGUAGUAGAUGUCCGUUGGGUAAUUUUGUUAUAACUUUUGAAGCAAGGGGCCAAUUAGGAAAACAUUAGUUUUUAUGUUUUAGAAAAGUUGACUGAAGUUUAUAGUAGUAUCUACAGCAGUUUAAUUUAUUUUUUGUUUAUAUUUAAUUCAAUUUAUAUUAUGUUAGGUAUUUGAUGGAUAACAUUACUAUAACUUGUCAAAACCAACCGCAUAUUAUUUAAUUCACUUUUAGAAGCCGGGUAAAAGGUUCUAAAACAUCUUUUGUGUUAAGCCACAGAGGAAUAUGUCGAUUUACACGUCAAUUUGUUGCGUUAUGUCAAGUAUACUCAUUGUUGAUCAGAGAUCGAAAGGCCUCAAAGCGGUAAGUCCAUUUAUUCAUUGUUGAAGCUUUUAGAGACCUGUAUUACGAGUUCAAGAAGGUUUAUAUGGACAGUCAAGUGUAUUUGGAUAAUGCGAUUUCGAAAAUCUGUCGAUUUUAUCACAAACCUCGACAUUGCUUCAAUGUGGUGGGUAAUAUAUGAUUUUUCAUUGUUUUUUAAAUGUUUUUUGGUAAAAUACGUUUUUUUUCUUAGCGGAAACUAAAUUAAAAUAUUUUACAUUGAUUUCAUGUUUUUCAUUUACAGACGUCAACAAGUCGAGGUUUUGCGCAAGGAUCAUUGAUAUUAACAUCAGAAGCUGGUGCCGAAAUAAAUUUUAAACCAUAUCCUGUAGCAAUUGGAUCUGAAUUGACUCAUUUUAACAAUGUAAAUAUGAUGGCGGAUGUAAUAUUGGUUGUGGAGAAGGAUACAGUAUUCAAACGGCUUGUUGACGAUGGGAUAUUUGAUGUUAUACCUAAUGUUCUUCUUGUUACCGCAAGUUUUAUGGAUUUUUUUGGAGGGUUUUUGGUAAAAUACGUGCUUUAAUCUUUUUCAAAGUUGGCAUAGAGUUUUAAGGCUUGUAAAGGGUACAUUUUAAUGUUAAAUUUAUAAAUUUCAGGGCCGUGGAUUUCCGGAUAUUUGUACAAGGACGUUUUUACGAUGGCUGAUGGACCAGAAUCCGGUUUACUUGUUUGGUCUGGUCGAUUGUGAUCCCUACGGUAAGAUUUUAAAUUUUUUUAAUUUGAAAAAAAAGUUUUUUAAGUAAAAAUUUAAAAAUUGGGAAAUAUGUAAUAAAAUACGAAUAAAUUUACAUGUUGUAUAAAGGGUAUAUUAAUUUAGUUUUUUUGAAGUUUUAAUGUUUUUACCAUUUUUUUUUGUUUUUUUUUCAAUGUUCCACGCCUUUAUAGGCUUAUCAAUCUACAGUACCUACAAAUAUGGUGCGGUAAGGUCAGAAAUUGAAGCGAAUGGUUGUAAACUUACUGAAAUAUUACUAAUAGGACUGUUUAUGGACGAAGUUGUACAAAUGAACCUGGCUGAUGUUCAUAAACUUAGAAUCACUGCUCACGAUAAACGACGGCUUCAGAAGAUUCAAAACAUUGCAAAGAUAAAAAAGGAUGACAUGUUAUAUGAACAGGUAUGUUAUUUUAUUAGCUUUGUUCGUUUUUAGGCUCAAAGUUCAGGAAAAAGACAGAUUUUUAUCAAUACUGGACAUCUGAUGUCAAGUGUAAUAUACUAUUGAACAUAACUCAAUUUCUAGGCAAGACAGAUGAUCGAAGCCGGAUUCAAAGUAGAGCUAGAAGCCUUGGCUUCAAAAGAGCCAGAUUUCUUACUUCAGAAGUUGAUACUACCGAAGUUACGACCAUAUAUUUAA